AUGGUUGGGGCCGCUGGCGAAUUGUUCGUAUUCGAGCUCUUAUCUGCACUCAAGCCCGCUCUGCCCGGAUUCUCGCGCGAAAACUGGACAAGCAACAUCAGAAAGCAUGCUGCUGUCCAUCCCGACCAUCAGUCAAUGCCCCACUGGCGAGGCCGUGAAAAGGCAGAUUUCGAGUACCAAGACGUCGACGGUGCCUUUACCGACCUGCUUAUCUACAAGGGGUACUUGGCGUCGGCGACGUGGCAGGGUCGAACGCCUAAGUACCAUUUCGAAGUUAAGUCGACCCCGCUCCUGUGCAACGCGCCAUUCUUCAUGAGUAGCGCCCAGUAUAACAAGAUGAAGAAACUGGCAACCGACGACUCGGUCUACAUCAUUUUCCGCGUGUUUAACCUGUACAAGGCCGAGGUCGACGUCAGGCUCUACGUCGACCCCGUUCAGAUGGAAGCCGAUGGCCUUCUAGAAUUUUCGAUCGACAAGUACACAGUGAGAUUCAGGGGCUAA